ACGCGCGUCCACGCAGUCGAAAUCGAACAGCUCCUUUGGCGCUCGGUUCGAAAACUGGCCGUUGGAGCUGUGCGUGGUCGGUUAGUGCCGAUGCUGGCAGUUUUCUCGUAAUUUUCGCCGAGUUAGAACGCAUCCCUGUGGUGAUAUUUUUAAACCAAGGACGCCACCACACAAUGGACAACUACGUCAAGGUGGAAAAGAUCGGUGAAGGUACGUAUGGGAUUGUGUACAAGGGAAAGGACAAGCGUGAUGGGAAGAUUGUGGCGCUGAAGAAGAUUCGUCUCGAGAGUGAGGAUGAAGGUGUUCCAUCUACCGCCAUCCGUGAAAUCGCACUGUUGAAGGAACUGAAACACAAGCACAUCGUUAGGUUGGAAGAUGUGCUCAUGGAGGGUAGUGACAAGAUCUACCUUGUGUUUGAGUAUCUUUCGAUGGAUCUGAAAAAGUACCUUGAUGGAUUUGACAAGAAUGAGAAGCUUUCCAACACACUUGUUAAGAGCUACUUGAAGCAGAUUCUUGAGGCCAUCUUGUUCUGUCACCAGCGACGGGUGCUUCACCGUGAUCUGAAACCUCAGAACCUGCUCAUUGACCAGAAGGGCACAAUCAAAGUGGCUGACUUUGGGCUUGCCCGUGCCUUUGGAAUCCCUGUCCGGGUCUAUACCCAUGAAGUGGUUACUCUCUGGUACAGAGCCCCUGAAGUACUCCUGGGCGCUCAGCGAUACUCCACGCCAGUUGACAUUUGGAGUAUUGGUUGCAUUUUUGUGGAAAUGAUCAACCGUCGACCUCUGUUCCAUGGGGAUUCUGAGAUUGAUCAGCUUUUCCGCAUUUUCAGGACCCUGGGCACCCCUACGGAGAAUACGUGGCCAGAUGUCGCCCAGCUUCCGGACUACAAGCCAACUUUCCCCAGCUGGAAGGAAAACAUUCUGCCUACACUGCUCCCCGACAUGGAGAACAAGGCCAUUGACCUGCUCAACAAAAUGCUGGUCUACAAUCCUGCCAGGAGGAUCUCUGCACGGGACGCCCUCAAGCAUCAGUAUUUUGAUUAAACCUUUGUGCGGCCUUUCCACAUUACAGGCUUUAUAUUGACUAUAGUUGAACGUGGUGGGCCAUACGUUCCCUUUUUUUUUUUUUUUUUUUUUUUUUGACCACCUUGAGGUAAUGCAUCGGAAGAGGGACCAAGAGUCAGCUGCAUUGUCUAAUGACAUUACAGCAGUAUAUUUCUAUCCUGUUUUAUUUUACAUAUUUUGUAGAACUGUGUCUGUAAAUUUUAUGGGAUAUUGUGCGUUUAUUUUUACUUUUUUUUUUUCAUGUACAGCCUUUUUUUAUACACUUUGAAAACUCAACUUGUACAGUUUUGUCGUUUAUAUGUGCAGCACCUUACCGCCUUUUUGCAUCUGUGCUGUUUUCAUUAAAACUGUAGCCGUAGGUCUAGCUAGUUGGAGUGAAAAAUGAACAGGAGAAUCGGGUGGUGUCUACACAGAGAUGUGUUGUGAUUUCAGUUGAUAGAAGUGACCAGAGAUUGAAGUGGCUUAACUUCCCAAUCAAAGCCUGCUCCGUUCCCCUCCUUCUGCACAAUUUUUUUUCCUUAUUUUGUGUGUGUUGUAAAUUAAUUGCUAUAAGUGAUUCUCAGAAGUAACUUUUGAGUUUCAAGAGAAACAAAUCUACAAUCAUCAAAUAUUUUAUUCUCACUUGUUGCCUUUUGUCAGGGUGCUUGUGGAGCAGUUCUCUUCUUUGCCUUUUGUUGUACAUGUCAUGUAGCUGUAUUCAUUUGCAGCAUGAUUGACUUGUUUGUAAUUAUAGGUGUCCCUUUUUUAUGAAAGUUUACUGUGCUUAUUGAAAUUUUUAGUGUCUUGCUGUUUUUACAUGUUUGAAGUAAAUCCUACUGUUUUUAUGCGUACUUGCUUUGAUAUGUGCAGUGUACUUGAACGCACAGUGUGUAGCACCAGCCUUAUGCCUAGCAAAGUUGUGUUUGUGUAGGCAGGUGACCAUGCGUCACAGAUGCGAAACUCUGGAGUGCUGCAAUUUUUCUCGUUUAUUGUCAUUUUCAGUCAUACCUCAAGGGCACAUUGUCCCGAUAUGGGGGUAUACACAUCCGGCAAUUCCUUUUUUUUUUUCCAAAGCUGAAAUGUUGAGUGGCCUUCACUUUGCAAGAAGAGCUGGCGAAUUUUUAUUAUAUACAUAUCCCUGCCAAAAGAAGACUCUACAGUAAACCCCCAUUAUCAUGAAGUCGCGAGUGCAGUGAAUAGACUUUUUUUGUGUAAGCUGUACUUUAAACUGUAGUAGGGUACGCAUUUGGGCUGGUUGGUUCAUGAUUACGAGUGAAAAACAGCGCUAAAAAGACUGAUCUCGUGUCCGUUCUUGUCCCCGUCUUUUCAGCGCUGUUUUUCACUGUACUUUAAAAAUGCAGUGCUGCCCCUGAAAAGUUGUGGUAAUGUGGCAAGAGCCCUGCAAUGGUGGCAUUAAAGUAUGUGUAUGGGUCUCUGGCUAAUUGUCACUGGAACGCCUAUUGCUGAAGAAAAGAUAUGAAUGUAACCAUCCGUAACACUUAAGCUGAAACAAAACUGGAAGGACACAGCAUAAGCAACACAGCUUUUCCUGUCUGUUGUAUGCCUUUAGUUGAACUUGGCUUGAACAGCCUCUUUUCAAUAGCUACUCCUAAUAUAAGGUUCCGUCGCUAUUAUUUGAUAAAACUUUAUUACGCUUCCUCAGUCUUUCUUUAUUGUAUGUGCGGCUUAGUAAUGUCAGAUCAAGACCAAGGAAAGAAACAAGGCUUGCACACUAGUAACGCAUUCUGUGCACACACCAUGGCCACUAAAGAUGGCAAUUUUUUUGUACUGGAAGUCUUGCAUGUUUUUACUCCAAGAAGAUAUGUGUAAAGAAUGUGUUUGCUCUUUCUGCCAAGUGGAAUGUUCUCCCAUUGCAUUAAGUUGUUUGAUCUAAAACUCGCAUUUUUUGGUGGCAUAACCACAAAAACACAGUGAAGAAGGCUUCAUAACAAUAGGGGUUUACUGUUAUAGAUAUUUGUAUCUGUAUAACUUAAGUGGAAUGCAUGAAGCAUUUCUGGGCCGCUUCGAAGAGAGCAGGAAGAUUCCAUCAUUAUCUUAGCAACUACAGCACUAUAUGCAAAACUUAUCCGUUUUGUUUUGUUUACUGUUAAUGCCAAUUACACUUUAAGACCAUUCUUCCAUGCUUUCACUGCAUGUGCAAGCUUGCAGUGGCAGUCUUUUGUACUUUUUAUAUUAUUAUUCCAAAUGUUUGUGCCAAUUAUACUGUAUACCACCUUCUGAAACCAUGUCCACACUCUCGCGGAAACAUGUAAAAUGUUCCUGCCCAUUUCUUUUUCGUGUUGGCUGGUUGGAUAUGUUUGAGAGCUUUUCAGCAAACACUGCCACUUCUGUUCAUUGUGAUCAACAGCUAGAUGUUCCUUGCUGUCAAAUAAAAAUUUUUUCCUUAAA